AUGAACGACUGCGCGUCCAUCUUUAAGCAUUUGAGUUUUUCUCCUGCAGUAAAGGCUCCUAAAGGCUCCGUGAAGACUGUAAAUCAAGCCGCGUUCUCGAAUAGCUCAGUGGCACCAUCAAGUGAAGUGCUGCAGAAAGACUUUAAUAACCAAAUACAGAUGAAUGGGGGAAGGAUGGGAGACCUCGAGAUCCUUGCUCCUAAUACCACAACUACAGCUCCAACAGCAUCUGUGCAAACUACAGCUACAGAAAUGAGCACAUCCGAGUCUACCAGUACACCUACUUCAGCAUUUACAUCAACUGCUGCACCCACAUCAACUGCUGCACCCACAUCAACUGCUGCACCCACAUCAACUGCUGCACCCACAACAACUGCUGCACCCACAACAACUGCUGCACCCACAUCAACAGCUGCACCCACAACUACUGCUACAUCAACAACUGCUGCAUCCACAACUGCUGCACCCACAUCAACAGCUGCACCCACAACUGCUGCACUCACAACUGCUACCUCAGCAACAACUGCUGCACCCACAUCAACAGCUGCACCCACAACUGCUACAUCAGCAACAACUGCCGCACCCACAUCAACAGCUGCACCCACAACUGCUGCACCCACAUCAACAGCUGCACCCACAACUGCUACAUCAACAACUGCUGCACCCACAUCACCUACUGUACUAACAUCAACUGCCGCACCCACAACUGCUGCACCCACAUCAACUGCUGCACCCACAACUGCUACAUCAGCAACAACUGCUGCACCCACAACAACUGCUGCACCCACAUCAACUGCUGCACCCACAUCAACUGCUGCACCAGCAACAAUUGCUGCACCCACAACAACUGCUACAUCAGCAACUGCUGCACCCACAACAACUGCUGUACCCACAUCAAUUGCUACACCCAUAACAACUGCUACAUCAGCAACAACUGCUGUACCCACAUCAAGUGCUGCACCCACAACUGCUACACCAGCAACUGCUGCAUCCACAUCAACUGCUGUACCCACAUCAACUGCUACACCCAUAACAACUGCUACAUCAGCAACAACUGCUGUACCCACAUCAAGUGCUGCACCCACAACUGCUAGAUCAGCAACUGUUGCACCCACAUCAACUGCUGCACCCACAACAACUGCUACAUCAGCAACAACUGUUGCACCCACAACUGCUACAUCAGUAACAACUGCUGCACCCACAACUGCUGCACCCAAAACUGCUACAUCAGCAACAACUGUUGCACCUACAUCAACUGCUGCACCUAUAUCAACUGCUGUACCCACAUCAACUGCUACACCCAUAACAACUGCUACAUCAGCAACAACUGCUGUACCCACAUCAAGUGCUGCACCCACAACUGCUACAUCAGCAACUGUUGCACCCACAUCAACUGCUGCACCCACAUCAACUGCUGCACCCACAUCAACUGCUACACCCAUAACAACUGCUACAACAGCAACAACUGCUGUACCCACAUCAAGUGCUGCACCCACAACUGCUACAUCAGCAACUGCUGCACCCACAACAACUGCUGCACCCACAACUGCUACAUCAGCAACAACUGCUGCACCCACAACUGCUACAUCAGCAACUGCUGCCCACACAUCAACUGUUGUAACCACAACUGCUGUACCCACACCUGCUGCACCCACAUCUGCUACAUCAGUAACAACUGCUGCACCCACAACAUCAACUUCUGUACCCACAACUGCUACAUCAGCAACUGCUGCACCCACAACUGCUACAUCAGCAACAACUGCUGCACCCACAUCAACAGCUGUACCCACAUCAAUAGCUGUACCCGCAACAACUGCUGCACACACAACUGCUACAUCAGCAACAACUGCUGUAUCCACAUCAACUGCUGCACCCACAACUGCUACAUCAGAGACAACUGCUGCACCCACAACUGGUACAUCAGCAACAACUGCUACACCCACAUCAACAGCUGUACCCACAUCAACAGCUGCACCCACAACUGCUACAUCAGCAACAACUGCUGCUGCACCCACAACUGCUACAUCAGCAACAACUGCUGUACCCACAUCAACUGCUGUACCCACAUCAACAGCUGUACCCACAACUGCUGCACCAACAACUGCUGUACCCACAACUGCUACAUCAGCAACAACUGUUGCACCCACAACAAUUUCUGUACCCACAACUGCUGCAUCAGCAACAACUGCUGCACCCACAUCACAUGCUGCACCCACAACUGCUAAAUCAGCAACAACUGUUGUACCUACAACAUCUACAUCAACAACUGCUGCACAAACAACAACCACUACAUCAGCAACAUCUCCUGCACCCACAACUGCUGUACCCACAUCAACAGCUGUAUCCACAACAACUGCUGCACCUGCAACAACUACUACAUCAGCAACUGCUGCUGUAUCCACAUCAACUGCUGCACCCACAACUGCUACAUCAGAGACAACUGCUGCACCCACAACUGGUACAUCAGCAACAACUGCUACACCCACAUCAACAGCUGUACCCACAUCAACAGCUGCACCCACAACUGCUACAUCAGCAACAACUGCUGCUGCACCCACAACUGCUACAUCAGCAACAACUGCUGUACCCACAUCAACUGCUGUACCCACAUCAACAGUUGUACCCACAACUGCUGCACCAACAACUGCUGUACCCACAACUGCUACAUCAGCAACAACUGUUGCACCCACAACAAUUUCUGUACCCACAACUGCUGCACCCACUACAACUGCUGCAUCAGCAACAACUGCUGCACCCACAUCACAUGCUGCACCCACAACUGCUAAAUCAGCAACAACUGUUGUACCUACAACAUCUACAUCAACAACUGCUGCACAAACAACAACCACUACAUCAGCAACAUCUCCUGCACCCACAACUGCUGUACCCACAUCAACAGCUGUAUCCACAACAACUGCUGCACCUGCAACAACUACUACAUCAGCAACUGCUGCACCCACAACUGCUACAUCAGCAACAACUGCUGCACCCACAUCAACUGCUACACCCAGAACUACUGUACCCACAACUGCUGCACCCACAACAUCUACAUCAGCAACAACUGCUGCACCCACAUCAACUGCUACACCCAGAACUACUGUACCCACAACUGCUGCACCCACAACAUCUACAUCAGCAACAACUGCUGCACCCACAUCAACUGCUACAUCAGCAAGAACUGUUGCACCCACAUCAACAGCUGUACCAACAACUGCUACACCCACUACUGCUGUACCCAUAUCAACUGUUAUAACCACAAUAACUGCUGCACCCCCAACUAUUACAUCAGCAACAACUGCUGCACCCACAUCAACUGCUAUACCCACCUCAACAGCUGUAUCCACAUUAACUGCUGCACUCAAAACUGCUGCACCCACAACAAAUACUGCACCCACAUCAACUGCUGCACCAACAACUACUGCACUGACAUCAACUAUUGCACCCACCUCAACUGCUGUACCCACAACUGCUGCACCCCCAUCAACUACUGCAUCCACAUCAUCUGCCAUACCAACUAUUGCACCCACCUCAACUGCUGUACCCUCAACUGCUGUACCCCCAUCAUCUGCCAUACCAACUGCUGCACCCACAUCAACUGCUGCACCCACAACUGCUGCACCCCCAUCAACUACUGCAUCCACAUCAUCUGCCAUACCAACUGCUGCACCCACAUCAUCUACUACACCCACAACUGCUGUGCCCACAACAACUGCUGCACUGACAACUGCACUCACAGCUGCAGGAACACUGACAACACCUGGACCCACAAUUACAGGGGCACAGACAACUUCUGCACCCUCAACUACUGGAAUUUUGUCAGCAGCUACAGAAACAAUGACAACCGCUGCGACCACAAUGACACAAACCCUGACAACUGCUGUAGCCACAGCUAUAGGAACAGUGACAACUGCAAAACACACAACUACAGAAAACCUGACUUCACUCAUUGCUUCACCAGUGACACCUAGUGCAUCCACAACUGCUGAACUACCAACAACAAUUAUUCCUACAAUUACAUCAGCAGCCACUUCGCCAGCUUCAGUUGUGAUGCUGUCACCAGCUACGGAAACUGAGGCAACAACUGAGACAGCCACGGUUUUUGUUAACUUCAACUACACAAUCAUUAAUAUGAAGUUUGAUUCAAGACUUUUAAACUGGACAGACCCAUACACCAUUAUGCUGAGGAACAAGACUGAAACACUGAGCCUGCAAGUGAUUAAACGGGAUUUCCCCUUGUGUCAGUAUGUGAUUACAACUGCGUUCUUGAAUGGCUCCGUGGAGACAGUAAAUCAAGCCGCAUUCCCAAAUAGCUCAGUGGCGCCAUUAAGUGAAACGUUGCAGAAAGAAUUUCUUAAUCAAAUAAAGAAGAAUGGUGGGAGGAUGGGUGACCUUGUGAUCUUUGCUUCCAAUACCACAACUACAGCUCCAACAGCAUCUGUGCAAACUACAGCUACAGAGAUAAGCACAUCUGGGUCUACCAGACUGAGUACACCUACUUCAGCACUUACAUCUAGUACAAUACUAAGAACCACCAUGGCAGGAGUAACAACCAGUGCAACCACUGUAUCUCCAACUGUUACCCUUACUCCUGAAACAACAGCUACAGAAACUCUGGCGACAAGAGCUGCAUCUACAGCUAUAACUACACUGACAACUGCUGCACCCACAUCAGCUACAACUACACUGACAACUGCUGCAUCCACAGCUACAUCAACAGCUACAACUACACCGACAACUGCUGCAUCCACAGCUACAGCUACACCAACAACUGCUGUAUCCACAGCUACAACUACACCGACAACUGCUGCAUCCACAGCUACAACUACACCAACAACUGCUGUAUCCACAGCUACAACUACACCAACAACUGCUGCAUCCACAACUAUAACUACACUGACAACUGCUGCAUCCACAGCUACAACUACACCGACAACUGCUGCAUCCACAGCUACAUCAACAGCUACAACUACACCAACAACUGCUGCAUCCACAACUAUAACUACACUGACAACUGCUGCAUCCACAACUACAACUACACCGACAACUGCUGCAUCCACAGCUACAACUACACCAACAACUGCUGCAUCCACAACUAUAACUACACUGACAACUGCUGCAUCCACAGCUACAACUACACCAACAACUGCUGCAUCCACAACUAUAACUACACUGACAACUGCUGCAUCCACAGCUACAACUACACCGACAACUGCUGCAUCCACAGCUACAUCAACAGCUACAACUACACCAACAACUGCUGCAUCCACAACUACAACUACACUGACAACUGCUGCAUCCACAGCUACAACUACACCAACAACUGCUGCAUCCACAGCUACAACUACACCGACAACUGCUGCAUCAACAGCUACAACUACACCGACAACUGCUGAAACCACAACUACAGCUACAUCGACAACUGCUGAAACCACAGCUACAGCUACACCGACAACUGCUGAAACCACAGCUACAGCUACAUUGACAACUGCUGAAACCACACCUACAGCUACACCGACAACUGCUGCAUCCACAGCUACAGCUACACUGACAACAGCUGCAUCCACAGCUACAGCUACACUGACAACAGCUGCAGCCACAGCUACAGUUACACCGACAACUGCUGAAACCACAGCUAUAGCUACAUCGACAACUGCUGAAACCACAGCUACAGCUACAUUGACAACUGCUGAAACCACACCUACAGCUACACCGACAACUGCUGCAUCCACAGCUACAGCUACACUGACAACAGCUGCAUCCACAGCUACAGCUACACUGACAACAGCUGCAGCCACAGCUACAGUUACACCGACAACUGCUGAAACCACAGCUAUAGCUACAUCGACAACUGCUGAAACCACAGCUACAGCUACACAUACAACUGCUGAAAGCACAGCUGUAACUACACCGACAACUGCUGCAUCCACAGCUACAGCUACACCGACAACUGCUGCACUCACAUCAGCUACACCAACAACUGCUGCAUCCACAGCUACAGCUACACCGACAACUGCUGCAUCCACAACUACAACUACACUGACAACUGCUGCAUCCACAGCUACAACUACACCGACAACUGCUGCAUCCACAGCUACAUCAACAGCUACAACUACACCAACAACUGCUGCAUCCACAGCUACAACUACACCAACAACUGCUGCAUCCACAACUACAACUACACUGACAACUGCUGCAUCCACAGCUACAACUACACCAACAACUGCUGCAUCCACAGCUACAACUACACCAACAACUGCUGCAUCUACAACUACAACUACACUGACAACUGCAGCAUCCACAGCUACAACUACACCAACAACUGCUGUAUCCACAGCUACAACUACACCAACAACUGCUGCAUCCACAACUACAACUACACUGACAACUGCUGCAUCCACAGCUACAACUACACCAACAACUGCUGCAUCCACAGCUACAACUACACCAACAACUGCUGCAUCCACAGCUACAACUACACCGACAACUGCUGAAACCACAACUACAGCUACAUCGACAACUGCUGAAACCACAGCUACAGCUACAUUGACAACUGCUGAAGCUACAGCUACAUUGACAACUGCUGAAACCACACCUACAACGACAACUGCUGAAACCACAGCUACAGCUACACCCACAUCAGCUACAGCUACAUCAACAACUACUGCAUCCACAGCUACACAGACAACUGCUGAAACCACAACUACAACUACACUGACCACUGCUGCACUCAAAUCAGCUACAGCUACAUCGACAACUGCUGCAUCCACACCUACAUCCACAGGUACAACUACACCAACAACUGCUGCAUCCACAGCUACAGCUACACCAACUGCUGCACCCACAGCUACAUCGACAACUUCUGCAACCACAGCUACAGCUACACCGACAACUGCUGAAACCACAGCUACAGCUACACCGACAACUGCUGAAACCACAGCUACAGCUACACCAACAACUGCUGAAACCACAGCUACAGCGACAACUGCUGAAACCACAGCUACAGCUACACCGACAACUGCUGAAACCACAGCUACAGCUACACCGACAACUGCUGAAACCACAGCUACAGCUACACCAACAACUGCUGAAACCACAGCUACAGCGACAACUGCUGCAUCCACAGCUACAGCUACACCGACAACUGCUGAAACCACAGCUACAGCUACACCGACAACUGCUGAAACCACAGCUACAGCUACACCAACAACUGCUGAAACCACAGCUACAGCGACAACUGCUGCAUCUACAGCUACAGCUACACCGACAACUGCUGAAACCACAGCUACAGCUACACCGACAACUGCUGCAUCCACAGCUACAGCUACACCAACUGCUGCACCCACAGCUACAUCGACAACUUCUGCAACCACAGCUACAGCUACACCGACAACUGCUGAAACCACAGCUACAGCUACACCGACAACUGCUGAAACCACAGCUACAGCUACACCAACAACUGCUGAAACCACAGCUACAGCGACAACUGCUGAAACCACAGCUACAGCUACACCGACAACUGCUGAAACCACAGCUACAGCUACACCGACAACUGCUGAAACCACAGCUACAGCUACACCAACAACUGCUGAAACCACAGCUACAGCGACAACUGCUGAAACCACAGCUACAGCUACACCGACAACUGCUGCAUCCACAGCUACAGCUACACCGACAACUUCUGAAACCACAGCUACAGCUACAGCUACACCAACAACUGCUGAAACCACAGCUACAGGAACAAUGGCAAUAACUGCUACAACUGCAGGUACACUGACAAAUGCUGAAAGCACAGCUACUGGAACUGCUGUCCAUUUCACUGAUACCACUAAGUCUGGCACAACUGUUCCUUUACUUGGUACCACUUCACCUGCAACAAAAGUCCUUCUUACUGGUACUGCUAUACCUGGCACAACUGUUCCUUACACUGGUACCACUAAAUCUGGCACAACUGUUCCUGUCUCUGGCACCACUAAAUCUGGCACAAUUGUUCCUUUGACUGGUACAACUACACCUGGCACAACAGUCCUUUUCACUGGUACUACUAUACCUGGGACAACUACUCCUUUUACGGGAACUACUACACCAGAGGAACCUGCCCGGUCCACCACUAGCUCUGGGGCACCUGAGACUUUCAGUGUUACUAAUAAUAAUAAAAUAAUGACACCAUUCACCACAAUCACUACUACACCUGGCAGCAAUACUUCUGUAAGUAAAGCACUCCCUAAUUUCACAUCAGCGUAUCCUCGUACCAUAACAGCUACGACUAAAAUGAAUAGGAGCACAACCAAAGGAAACAAUGCACCUUCCACUACAACCCAGGUGCCGAGUUUUUCAGCAGAACCAGCUGCAGGAGUUGUGGCUGCAGAGGAGUCAAUCCCCGUCUAUGCCAGAGCCCUGAUUGGCCUGUUAGUAGUAGCAGUGGUUGCGAUACCUAUUCUUAUGUGUGCGGUUGUGCAGAGCAGGAUGUUUAGCGCCGUUGUGAAUAUAAAUGGAGGAUUAAACGUUUGACAUAAUCAACGAGGAUCGGGCAAGCUGAAUGAACUCAGCCCCGUACGUUCCACAUACGAGAUCUCUGAUAAAAUCACAUGUUCUUAUAAAGAACCACAAUCUCCUCCUUUCCGGAAUCCUGAUGCCUGUUACUGCCAUGUUACACUAUCUGAAGCACUAUAUUAAUUUAUUAAAACAAUGUAUUUAUAUUUACAUUUAUAAUAUUUAUAUAACACAUUUUCUUUAUUAUUUUAUUUAAUGCAUCAUUUGAUUAUACUAAUAUUGGU